AUGCAAGAUCCUGACCUCCCUGGACCAAGGUUUCAUACUACCAUUUUCGUGAAAACGGGGCCGAACGGUAACGGUACAAUUCACGAAGUCACUGGCGAUAUCACCUCAUCGGAGGGGAUGUACUAUACUCGAACUCCAAGUGAAGCCCCAGAGCUUUCCCCGGAGUUUCAUACAAGCCAGAAGUUGGGCGUCACCCAAGCAUGCAAUCAUCCUGGUGACUGGAAACGGGUUUUAGAUGGUGUACCAACGCCGCCUCAGCAGAAAGCAUUUAAUGUGAAGACAAUGAAGACGGAGCCGUUUAAGACGAAAGAUCCAUUGACUUUCUAUGAGCCUGGUGAGCCUAGACGGCAAUUGAUGAAGUGUACUGAGUGGACGAUGGAGAGGGCAAUUCCUGCUCUAAAGGCGAAUGGACUUAUCAUCGAGGGGUAG